AUACUAAGCCAUGCCAAGAACUCGGCUUACUGUAGAGUCGGUCUUGCCUACAAUGGGCCAUCUGAACUUGGCAGACCUUUUUUUUUUUCUUUUUUUUGGUAGGUUGCUGUGAUCAGAUGCAGAGGGAGUGACAAAAAAAACCCCUUGAGGUUGUAAUGUUAAAAAAAGAGUCUUUUGUCAAUCGUUUGCAACUGUGUUCUUUUAGAUGUCUGACCCUAAUUUUACUCUUUUGAUACUCUGAAAAAUGAUGGUGAAUGAGGAGGAGAGCAAUUGGUGUGAGGAAGGAGAGAGAAGCAGGUUCUGCCAUGGAGGACUAGAGGUCUGAGGGCCACGGAGCAGGAGAACAACCCCCAGUGGGCUUGGCCAUCUGUCAGACAUACUGUGGGUCAUUCAGCAAACAACCUUCCCACUGUGGCUUCUACACAGGGUGGCUUAGUGCAACGUGUGAAUGUGUCCAGUGGCUUUUCCAGACUGAGCGCCUGGUUUUGACAGGUGUAAAAUGUUAAGGUCUAGGGUAAUUAUUGUGCUCUAUGCCUGAGAGUGGCCAAAUUAAAUCAUACCUACCACUUAUUGCUACAGGUAUAUGCUGCUGGCAUGCCAUCUACAGUGCCUGUUUUUUCCACUUUGGAUGGAAAUAUUUGUGCAUCAAGGGCUAACCCCUGUGAAGGCCCUGAUAUUUGAUCAGGAUUAUCUAAUUUAUAUCUUACCUUUCUAGUGCAAUUAGUUGCACCUGCCAGCUAACAAUAAUAAAAUAUAGAAAAACAUAUAAUUAAAACAACAGAUCAGGUAAAAAGACAUAGGAAAUAAACAGCAUAUUACAGUUAAAAUCCAAUCUAAUAUUAGAUGUGUAAUUAGAACACUGUGGCCUUUCUAGUAAUGCAUAAAUCCUAGUUUUCAUAUUCAGAAGCAAGUUUCAUGUCCUUGCCAGCAUUGCGACCAUUCUGUCCUUGAUCUGCAUCUAGAGUUCUUUCUCAGUGGCAGCAAUCCAUUGCUUUGCAAAAGGACCUCUUCUCUUGAACGUAGGAUCGCCUCUGUUACCUGCCUUGUUUGUAGGAGAGGAUUUGCCUGGAUUCAGGUCCAUUCUACCUCCCAAACAAGUUGGUUGGUGGUGUCAACAUAAUCGUCAGUGUCAUUGCUCGGUGGCGCUUACGGAGCCCAGAAGCAUUGCAUAGACCUAAACCUUAUAACCUGCUGGGGAGGUUGGAGAUUUGAAACAUGCAGGUAUAGGCAAUGGGUAGUCUUUAGUGAAGCCUGUAUUUGAGCAACAGUUUGGUUAGGCUGAUAAGUUAAAGUAGACAGCAGAACCAGAUAGGGCACCAUCAGCCCUUUGUGUCAGUUUAACCCAACAAACUGGUAUCUGUAGUACCACUCUCUGAUAAUCUUCAGUGGUGUUCCAGUAGCUAGAACAAUCUACUGGCUCUGCUUCAUCUGAUCUAGCACUGGAGACUCUUUAACUGGCAUCCAGUUUCCAUGGUUGGAGACAAUUCUUUGAUAUAAAAGCCUUUUAACUUGAAGACAGCAGGGAUUGAACCUGGAAAUUCUGCAUGGAAAAUCUCCGCUGUGCCAUGGUGGUGUUGCCUUUCUUUAGAUAAUCCCUCUGUUCCCCACAAGGCCUGUGGACCCUUUGCUAAGAGGCCAGUUUCAUGCCCAGUUAAGAGAUUCCAGUUCUCAGUACUGUUCUACAUAUGGCAAUCCAUGUGCGGGAACAUGUCAUCUUAUUAUACAUUUUCCAUCUGGGCACCGCAACCAUACCAUCUUUUUUCCUGUUCACCCCUUGCAUGUCCCCCUUCUCUUUCCUCCACCACCCAGAGACUAAGGGUCUCCCUGUUACAAAUUCUGUAGCUCCCUAUCUGGGAAUUGUAGGUUUAAUUCUGGGUUCCUUAGCCCUAAUUACAGACCUUGAGGUUUUGCAGUUGCAGAAUAUGGAUAUUUUAAGCAAAGUGAUUAAAACAAUACCGGGCCAGGUUGUCUUGUAAGGAAGUAAAUGGUCUGCUCCAAAGAACAUUUUGUUCUGGUAAUUCGCACCAGUGAAGAGUGUAGACAAAUCCACUAUUUAACAGUAAGCAUCCACACGUAUUUGGUCACUUUCAUUGACUGAAUAUAAUUCUCUAGCGGUAGAUGUCGUGAUUUGUUCGGAGCGUUCUCUUGAUCUUCCCCGUAUUUAGAAUAUUUUUUCAUGCCUGUAUUUGCUUUUGUUAAGCACUGAGGUUAAGCCUAACUGCACAGAAGUAAUAUUGACCUCAUUUGACUAUACAUUUUGACUUGAAUGUGACCAAUCAUUUUAUACGAAAGAUCAUAAACUCUUUGUGGGAUAGCAGAACUCUAAAGCUUAUGUGAUUUAAAUGUUGAUCAUUCUUUUUUCCCCUCAGCAAAUGCUGUCCAAGUCUUCUGUUGCUUUUGACAUCAUCUUUCCCUGCUUGCAUUUUGACCACAUGUAUGUAGACAUGCUGAAAGGGAAUGCGAUGUCAGAGUAGAUACAUGAUUCCGUUCAAGAUUGGGCAGCCAAAGAAACAGAUUGUACCCAAGACAGUUGAGAGAGAUUUUGAACGAGAGUAUGGAAAGCUUCAGCAGUUGGAAGAUCAGACUAAGAAACUCCAGAAGGACAUGAAGAAAAGCACAGAUGCGGACUUAGCAAUGUCAAAGUCUGCUGUGAAAAUCUCGUCUGACUUGCUGUCCAACCCACUCUGUGAACAAGACCCCAAAUUUCUUGAGAUGGUGAUGGCCCUGGACACAGCCAUGAAAAGAAUGGAUUCUUUUAACCAAGAGAAGGUGAACCAAAUCCAAAAGACAGUUAUAGAGCCAUUGAAAAAAUUCAGUGGUGUUUUCCCCAGCCUGAAUAUGGCAGUGAAGCGGCGUGAGCAAGCUCUGCAGGAUUAUAAGCGGCUACAAUCCAAGGUGGAGAAGUACGAAGAGAAGGAGAAGACAGGACCCAUCCUGUCCAAGUUACACCAGGCUCGGGAAGAACUGAGGCCGGUGAAAGAAGACUUUGAGGCUAAGAACAAACAACUUCUGGAAGAGAUGCCCAAAUUCUACAGCAGCCGCAUUGAUUACUUCAAGCCAAGUUUCGAAUCCCUGAUCCGGGCUCAGGUUGUGUACUACACGGAAAUGUACAAAAUCUUUGGAGAUUUAACACAACAGAUUGACGAGCCUGGCCUGACAGAUGAGCAGAGGGAGAAGGAAAACGAAGCCAAGCUGAAUGAACUGAGGGCACUUUCUAUUGUAGCUGAUGACUGACCUCCAGCCCCAAAGCGGCAGCAGCGGCAGCUUAUCCUGAUGCCGCGGGCCAAGAGUGGAAAUCUCCUUUUGCUCUCUCUUCUCCAGAGACCUCCAAAAGGGGUCUUUUAGUCCUGUGCAAGCCUGCUGUUUUGAUCUUGGUGAGUGUCUCUGCAGCGGCUCCCCAAAGGCUGAAUCCCACAAUCAGCGCGACAAGAGCCUCAUCACUGCAGCUGGCAGAGGGGGGUUUGUGGGCUGGGGGAGCAGCUCCUUACCCUGAGCAUUGAUUGAUGUGGCUUUCUGGUGUACCGCACUGACCAGUCAGUCUGUCUGCAGCGGGGCUGCACUUACUCCUCCCAAAAUCUGCAACUUACAGCUUUGGUGUUUGUCAUGGUAGCUGGCCAGAUUUAACAUAGGGCUGCCCCACUGUGCCUUUAGGGGAGACCUUGUCCUCCCACUGAGACCCUGUUUGACAGGAGGCACUAUCAAAUGUUUCUGUAUAUUCAGGGAAUAGAAGGCUAUCAGAAAGCACAGCCUAAAAAAAAUACUGAGCACAAUAGUUGGAUUCACUGGGGAGUCACUGAAUUAUUAUGAGCCUGGAGGAAGGCUGCCAGGGCACAGGGAAGGGAACAUUUGGCUGUGGGGUCUUGACGUAGGCUCCUGCAUUCAGUGAAACUCUUCACAGGCCUGUGUAAAGUUACAGAAAUAACCACUUGCACGACAGUUGCAGGUGUCUAACUCGUUUUCCUGUGAGACUGUUUGCAUAGCUUGCGCUGGGGACAGAGGAUUAAGCUAAUAAUAAGGAUGCAUGAACCCUAUUUUUGUAGGGGAAGCUGUUGGGAAGGCAGAUUCCCCUUUACUUUCUUCUACCUUCACCCGCUAUAGAUGUUUUUCCUGCUGUAGUCCUUCAUCCUGUUCAUUUAUGGUUAAUCAAAACAUAAAGCAAGGAGGUAGAUGACUCUUGCCAUUUCAAGUGCUCCUGUAACCUGUGAUUCUAAUUUUAUUUUUACAAAAAAGAAAAAACCCCAAAACAAAACCCUGUCUUCCUGCUUUGUAGAACCAACACUCACAGCUGCCCUCUAUGCCUGAAGAGGCCACCUUAAGCAGUACACACCUGUUGGAAGAGAACAGGAUUAAUUUUGCUCCUGUAUAACACUAGCCUGCCACCUGCAAGGAUCCUGCUGGAGCAGUCCUUUAGACUGUAGCUGUGCUCCCUCACCCCGCCCCACCAACUUCCAGCCUAACGUUUAGUCUGAGGAACUUAGUACUGAUGGACAAGGAUCGUUUGUUGGAAAUACAGUCCCCAAAGCAGAAAUUCUUUCCUGCUUUUUCUACCUCUCAACAAUUUUGUAAGGCCAGCCGCAUCAUCGCUCUGUAGAUACCUCUAACCUUUCCCAUCAAAGGUAAGUAAAAGACCCAAAGGCAGCUACAUUGACAACAAAA